AAGGGAAGGGAAGGGGGAGCCCCAGAGCCGGGAGCCCGGCGCAGCCGUAACGGCCCCGCGGUGCCCCGUCAUGGCGGGGGCCGGCGCCAGCGGCCGGGACAAGCGGGCGACGGCGGCGCGGCUGAAGGCGGCGCUGGGCGGCGAAGGCGGCGCGGCGACGGCGGCGGCGGGCGAGCUGCGGGUGCUGCUGGAGCGGGUGCUGGCCCCGGCGGCGGGCCCGGGCGGCGGCGAGGCGGCGGGCGAGGCGCUGGAGUGGUGCCGCUGCCUGCUGUCGGGCGGGGAGCCGUGGGACAGCUUCGUGCAAGCCGUGCGGGCCUACGACCCGGCCACGCUGUGCGGCCUGGUGUGGACGGCCAACUUCGUGGCCUACCGCUGCCGGACGUGCGGCAUCUCGCCCUGCAUGAGCCUGUGCGCGGAGUGCUUCCACCAGGGCGAGCACGCCGGGCACGACUACAACAUGUUCCGGAGCCAGGCGGGGGGCGCCUGCGACUGCGGAGACAGCAACGUCAUGCGGGAGGCCGGGUUUUGUAAAAGACACCGGAUUAAGUCAAAUUCAAAUGUUCCAUGUGUCCCAAAAGACUUGUUGAUGAUGUCAGAAUUGGUUCUUCCACAGUUCAUCUUUAGCCUUAUUCAGCACUUACGAGAGGGAUAUAAUGAGCCUGCUCUUGAUCUACCAUCAGAGAAAGACCUUCAUAAAAUCCUCCAGGUUUUGGAGCCUCAUGUUUCCUUUCUAGAAGACUUGACCAAAAUGGGAGGAGCGAUGCGAUCAGUUCUUACACAGGUUUUGACUAGCCAACAGUUCUACAAAGAUCUUAGCUCCGGUGUUGGAGAGAAUGCAUGUGCAAAGAAAAGUCAUGAAAAGUACCUCAUUGCUUUGAAAGGCUCCGGACUGGCAUUUCCUGAGGAUAAACUUACAUGUGGCAUGCAGGAACAAGGAGCUGGUACUAGCACAUUAGCUGUUCAAGGUUUAGCAGGUGCUACAGCAACAUCAGGACAAGGGGAUUCUUCAGAUGAGGAGGACCAGGAUGGUAGCCAAGGUGUGGGCAAGCGCAAGAGGGUGAAACUAAGCAGCACCACCAAAGAUCAAUCUAUCAUGGAUGUUUUGAAGCAUAAAUGUUUUCUAGAAGAAUUAUUGUUUUGGACAAUAAAAUAUGAAUUUCCACAGAAGAUGGUGACUUUCUUACUCAACAUGCUGCCAGAUCAAGAUUAUAAGAUUGCUUUUACCAAAACUUUUGUUCAGCAUUAUGCUUUUAUUAUGAAAACACUGAAGAAAAGCCAUGAAUCAGACACUAUGUCUAAUAGAAUUGUGCAUAUCAGUGUUCAGUUGUUCAGCAAUGAAGAACUUGCACGCCAAGUAACAGAAGAAUGUCAGCUGUUGGAUAUUAUGGUCACAGUUCUAUUAUAUAUGAUGGAAAGUUGCCUUAUUAAAAGUGAAUUACAAGAUGAAGAAAAUAGUUUACAUGUUGUGGUGAAUUGUGGGGAAGCACUACUGAAGAAUAAUACUUACUGGCCUCUCGUUAGUGAUUUUAUAAACAUUCUUUCACACCAAAGCGUGGCAAAGAAGUUUUUGGAAGAUCAUGGUCUUUUGGUAACAUGGAUGAAUUUUGUAUCAUUCUUUCAAGGUAUGAAUUUAAAUAAACGAGAAUUAAAUGAGCACGUGGAGUUUGAGUCACAGACGUACUAUGCUGCCUUUGCUGCUGAGCUGGAAGCCUGUGCCCAGCCGAUGUGGGGUCUUCUGUCACAUUGCAAAGUUAGGGAAACACAAGAAUACACAAGAAAUGUUGUCAGAUACUGCCUUGAAGCGCUUCAGGACUGGUUUGAUGCUAUCAAUUUUGUAGAUGAGCCAGCUCCGAACCAGGUUACUUUUCAUUUGCCACUGCAUCGUUACUUUGCAAUGUUUUUAAGUAAGGCUGUCAAGUGCCAAGAACUAGAUCUGGAUACUAUCUUGCCGGAUCAGGAGAUGCUGAUGAAACUAAUGAUUCACCCGCUUCAGAUUCAGGCAAGCCUUUCUGAAAUUCAUAGCAACAUGUGGGUUAGAAAUGGCCUACAAAUUAAAGGACAGGCAAUGACUUAUGUGCAGUCUCAUUUCUGCAAUUCAAUGAUUGAUCCUGACAUUUAUCUGCUGCAAGUCUGUGCCUCUAGGCUUGACCCAGAUUAUUUUAUUUCAUCAGUUUUUGAAAGAUUUAAGGUGGUAGAUCUGUUAACAAUGGCAUCACAGCAUCAAAAUACAGUUCUUGAUUCAGAGCAUGAAAGGUCCAUGUUGGAAGGAGCCUUAACAUUUUUGGUCCUUCUGUUAAGUCUUCGUUUACAUUUAGGAAUGACAGACGAUGAGAUCCUCAGAGCAGAGAUGGUAGCUCAGCUCUGUAUGAAUGACAGGACGCACAGUUCAUUAUUGGAUCUCAUUCCAGAAAACCCCAAUCCUAAAAGUGGAAUUAUUCCAGGAAGCUUAAGCUUUGAAUCAGUCUUGUCAGCAGUUGCUGAUUUUAAAGCUCCUGUUUUUGAACCUGGAGGUUCCAUGCAACAAGGAAUGUACACACCAAAAGCUGAAGUCUGGGAUAAGGAAUUUGACCCUGUAAUGGUAAUACUCCGAACAGUUUACCGUAGAGAUGUACAGUCUGCAAUGGACAGAUACACAGCCUUUUUAAAGCAAAGUGGUAAAUUUCCUGGCAACCCAUGGCCUCCUUACAAGAAGAGAACGCCACUACAUCCAAGUUACAAAGGUCUCAUAAAGCUUUUACACUGUAAAACCUUGCACAUAGUGCUGUUCACACUUCUUUACAAGAUAUUAAUGGAUCAUCAGAAUUUGUCAGAACAUGUCCUCUGCAUGGUUUUGUAUUUGAUUGAGCUGGGGUUGGAAAAUUCUCCAGAACAAGAAUCAGAGGAAGAGGAAUCUGCAGGUGGACAAGAACGUUGCCAUGACAGUUGGUUUCCAGGUAGUAACUUGGUUUCUAACAUGCGUCACUUCAUUAACUAUGUCCGUGUAAGAGUACCAGAAACUGCUCCAGAAGUGAAGAAAGAACCACCUGCAAGUACCAGUUCAGAUGGUUUAGCUUCAUCACAAUGUUCAAGGCGGAAGAGCCUUCAGAGAGAGAAUUCGGGGACGGCUCAAGUGUUCAGUUUGGUUGCAGAACGUAGAAAAAAAUUUCAAGAAAUCAUCAAUCGGAACACCAGUGAGGCAAAUCAAGUGGUUCGGCCAAAAGCAUCAAUGAAAUGGUCAGCACCUGGUGCAACUCCACAGCUAACCACAGCCAUUCUGGAAGUCAAAGAAAGUAUACUGUCCUUGCUGAUUAAGUUGCAUCACAAACUGUCAGGAAAACAGAACUCUUACUAUCCUCCGUGGUUGGAUGAUGUGGAUGUUUUAAUCCACCCAGAAAUUCCAAGAUACUCUCAUGGUGAUGGAAUGACAGCAGUAGAAAGAAUUUUAUUGAAAGCUGCUGUACAGAGCAGGUUGAAUAAACGUAUAAUUGAAGAGAUAUGCAGAAAGGUGACACCUCCUGUACCACCAAAAAAGAUUAGUUCUGCAGAGAAGAAAACUUUGGAUAAAGAAGAAAGGCGACAGAAGGCCAGAGAAAGGCAACAGAAAUUGUUGGCUGAAUUUGCUUCAAGGCAGAAAAGCUUCAUGGAAACUGCCAUGGAUGUUGAAUCACCAGAUGCUGAUAUUGCCAUGGAGAUAGCUACAUCAGAACAGCAUGUUUCUGAGGCAAUAUAUGAUUGUGUAAUUUGUGGGCAAAGUGGUCCUUCCACUGAAGACAGACCUACAGGGCUAGUUGUACUAUUACAAGCAUCUUCAGUGUUGGGACAAUGCCGCAAUAGCACUGAGCCAAAGAAACUGCCAACUACUGAGGAGGAGCAGAUAUACUCUAGGGAUACCUGUGCAGCACUGCAUGAUGUGAGGCUUACAACUUUACAGCGAUACUUUAAAGAUAGUUCCUGCCUUCAAGCAGUGUCAAUAGGCUGGGAAGGAGGUGUUUACGUACAAACCUGUGGUCACACUUUGCACAUAGAUUGUCAUAAAUCUUACAUGGAAUCUUUACGGAAUGACCAGGUCCUCCAGGGUUUUUCAGUCGACAAAGGAGAAUUUACCUGUCCCCUCUGUAGGCAGUUUGCUAACAGUGUUCUUCCUUGUUAUCCUGGAAACAACAUGGAAAGAAGCCUUUGGCAAAGUCAUAGUAACAAGUGUAUGCAAGAUCUUGUACAGGAGGUGGAAGACCUUCAAGAACAGCUGGGAACUUUCCCAGUAAGCAUCAGUUCUGAAACCAAUCUCAGUAAAGAAAUGGAAUCUGUAAUGAAAGACAUAAAAAGUACCACACAGAAGAAGUACACAGAUUACAGCAAGAGUCCUGGAUCACCUGACAAUGAUUUUCUGUUUAUGUAUUCAGUAGCCAGAACAAACUUGGAACUUGAGCUUGUCCAUCGAGGAGGCAAUUUAUGCUCAGGAGGUGCAAGCACAGCUGGAAAAAGAUCAUGUUUAAAUCAGCUCUUCCAUGUGUUGGCCAUGCACAUGCGCCUCUACAGUAUUGACUCUGCAUACAAUCCCUGGAGGAAACUAACCCAGCCAAUGCAGGACAAAAAUCCAGAGUUGAUAAGCGAAGAGCUGCCAGAAGUUCCUGUACUUUACAGAGAUGUCUCAUCCCUUUUGCUCAUCCAGAUUUUAACCAUGCCUCAACCAUUGCACAAAGAACACUUCACCUGCAUUAUAAAGGUGCUUUUCACUUUAUUGUAUACUCAAGCCUUGGCAGCACUUUCUGUUAAAUGUAGUGCUGAAGAUAGAAUGGCAUGGAAAGAGUCAGGAGCUCUCAAAAAGAAUACAUCCGGUGGAGAAAAAUCUUGGGAAGUAUUGCUGGGUCAUGUGGUUAGUGAGCUGUCUAAGGGGAAGAUAUUCGAAGAAGGAGAGACUGAAGAAUUAACAGUGGUAAAUCCUGAUUCUGUAGAGUGCUAUCUGCAACAGUUCUGCCUACCUUUCCUCAGGAUCACCAGCCUUCUUCAACACCAUCUUUUUGGAGGGGAUUUACCUAGCUGCCAGGAAGAUGAAGAAUUCACAGUUCUUGCAAGCUGCCUAGGUCUGUUACCAUCUUUUCAGUCAUCUGAUCAAUUCACCAGUGCCUCUUGUCUCAAUUGGCCAGUGCCAGCAUUUGACAUGAUAUCACAGUGGUGCUCAGAAUUGGCUUCAUUUGCAGACAGACAUCCAGACCAAGUAAAGGCUUUGCUUAUCCAGGAGCCUAAGUGGGACUUGCCACGCCUCCUUCAGUUGCCUGAGAAUUAUAAUACCAUUUUUCAGUAUUAUCACAGAAAGACUUGUACUGUUUGUACCAAGGUUCCUAAAGAUCCUGCUGUUUGUCUAGUUUGUGGUACUUUUGUAUGCUUGAAAGGACUGUGCUGCAAACAACAGAGUUACUGUGAAUGUGUACUGCAUUCUCAAAACUGUGGAGCCGGGACAGGAAUAUUUCUUUUGAUUAACGCAUCUGUAAUCAUCAUCAUACGAGGUCAUCGUUUCUGCCUUUGGGGUUCUGUUUAUCUAGAUGCACAUGGUGAAGAAGACAGAGAUCUUAGGCGUGGUAAACCUCUCUACAUAUGCAAGGAAAGAUACAAAGUGCUUGAGCAACAGUGGGUGUCUCAUACUUUUGAUCAUAUCAAUAAAAGAUGGGGGCCACAUUAUAAUGGCUUGUAAAUCAUCAUCUUCACACCAUAUCGCUGUUACCAUGAAUGAAUGCAUCUUGGCUGACAAUAGCUUUAAAUGAAUGGGAGUUCAGCUCUUUGGCUUGGGGUAGAGUGGGGUAUGGGCAUAAAAGGGAAAUGGAACUUGGUCAACAUGUGAAAUUUUUGCAUAAUAUGCUGCUGUUGCUAUUAAAUAAUGAUACAACAAUUUGAAAUUAAAUCCUCAAAAUGGUGUGAGCAAUGAUUGCACUCAGUAGUCCAUUUUUCUUUUGUGUUUUUUUUAAGUCCAAUAUUGUUAAGAAGCACAAGUUUUACUUACCGUUGUUAGAGGCUCCAGUGCUACCUGUCAAGUUUUAAUUUUUCUCUGCGUGGAGUUGAGUUUUUAGCAAUUUUUGCUGAAACUGUAUAUGUGUACUACAUCUACUAAAUAUGUUGGAUAAAUUUUCUUUGCCUUUCUUGUGUUGGUUUGAGGUUUUUGCUUAAUAUGCAUUUGUAAUUAGACACGAAUUGUAAAAUGAUUGUGAGACUGCAUGAUAACAAUUUGUCUGAAAGUUGAAUUUUAAAGAAUAUUUCACUUACCACAAGAGGUCUAUCAAAAUUCAGGCAUUACCGAAAACUUAUGCUUUCUCAGGAAUUUCAUAGAUUUCUUUUCCUCCAUAAAACACAUGAAAUAGCUGUAAAUUAGGUAGCUUAUUGUUCUUAAUGUAAUCCAGAACACACAUUCAUUCUUUUUUCUCUUCCAGAGAUGAGAUUUUUUUCCAUAUUAAUUGAAUAAACUGUUAGUGAUAACACAUACAGAAAUUGUUGUAUAUAGAGAAUUUGUAUGGCACCCAACAUGGAGAUCCCAGUUAUAGGUGUAAUAACCAUAAGCCUGCCUGCUCCUACAAACUAGAUGUAUGUUUCAGAAUGAUUGGUUUGGAAAUGUGCAGGCUAUUCUACAAAUGAAACAUAAUUUUGUAUCUUUCCUGCCACUUCAGGAGGUUCUUCCAUAUUGUAUUUGUUCAGAGUAAUCACUGUUCUUUCUGCUUGGUUUCCUAAAAAAGGAAAACAAACAAACAAAAAAAAGAGGUAGCCUAUGUGAACAACCAAUGCAUGUGCAGCCUCACUGGAAGAAUGCCAAACCAGUUCAUGUUUAGAGUUCUAAAAAAAAAAAAAAAUUAAAUCAUGAGAACAGGCAUGAAUGGGCUAAACCCCACACUGUGUAAGUAGGCAGGAAAGAUCACAGUUAAAAUAAUGAUAUGUAAUAUAUUGCCACUAAUGUUCUUCACAGGUGUUGGACAUACAUUGGCUAUUUCAGUACUACCUAGCACUUUCUGGUAGUUUUGACUUUCAUAGCUUGCGUGUAAAAUAAAAUUUAUAUGUGUAAAAUAAAAACACCUUAUGAUAAAACCACAUAUACAAUGAAAACAGUUCCCCAGUGGAAGUCAUUAUCUAGUGAAAAGUGUAUAGGGGAAAUAAAAUGACUGUAUAGCAAUCAAGGAGAAUGGACAGAAGGAAAAGUGAGUAAAUACAAUGAGUUUUUCUGGAUACCUGCAAUUCAAAAACCCCACAAUAAUGGAUGCUGUUUUUUAUACAGACAUAUAAAUAUAUAUAUAUAUAUUUCAAAAGUAUUACAGUACUUCCUGUAAGAUUAGAAUUACUCUUUCACUAACUAAACAGCUAUGUCUUUUCCAAAAUGUUACUUUUUUGAUACUGUAUCAUAAGUUCUGCCUGUAAUAUUUUUGCAUUGCUCAUUAUGAAUAUCAGGCCAUUUUGUAAGUGUGGUUGAAGAGCAAAAAGAUUCUUUACAUCUCCAGCAUAACAUUAUUACAGGGCUCAUGAACUUGAGUAAUCUGUAGUUUGAAGCUCCAAUGUUAUAUUUACAAGAGAUAACGUAUCCAGAAUUUGAUUACUGUGUUCUAUUUGAAAUGGAACGUUCUCUGGUUGUGCAUAUGGAUGUGAAGUAAAGCUAUUAGCCUUAACUUUAACAUUUGGGUAUUUCAUAGUGUUUAUUUUAGUACUGGUGAAUUAGUCACCAGUCAGUUAAAAAACACAAAAAAAUUACUUUGUUGAAAAUUGUACUUGAAUAUCCUUGCAUGCUGCUAAACAAGAAUUUUGAUUUCCCCCAUUACUUUUUUUAUCCUACUUUAUUAAGCUAACCUUGAAAAAUAACAGGUCCAAACUAGAGUGGCGUGUGUGUAUUACUCAAAUGUUCUGGUGUGAUAUCCUGUAUGAAUGAUCAUUUAAGUACAGUACAUUACUGUAGAAUCUAAGUCAACCUUUAAAAUGCAGCAGAGGACUACAAAACUAGGAAUACAGUAAUCGACAUUGUAAGAUAUGUUAAUAAAAGUCUACUGUCAAUCUGUGUGUUGGUGAAAUUUUUUCUAUCCACCCUAGUCAUCCAAAAUACAAUCAUUACUGAAUUCCACGCAAUAGCCAGGCAGUUUUUUUAAAUGUUAAAAAUGUAACCAUGCAAAGUACUUUCCAUAAAGAACAAUUCUGGUAUUUUUUUUUGUUACUUACACACAGUUGUGUAUGAUUAAUAAUUUGGAUUAUUUUAUAUUGCUUAUAACUACACCACUUACAGUUGUACUUACUUUUAUGCCUGCUAUUACAGUGUUGCUGCUGCAAAGUGCUAACAUUAAAAUGCUGAGUUAAGAAACUGUCCUGGGAAAACGAUGCUUGAUCUUCUGUCAAAUCUGCUUCUGGAAUAACUUUUACUGCAAAAUUUUGAAUGGAUAUAUUCGUUUAUUAAACUUUUCCUUUUCUUUUGACC